AUCGAGUAUGAUCAUUAAAUUAUAGCCCGUGAACGGGGAAAACACGCUGUUGCAUUGCGCUAAUUACACGGCCCUCUCUCGUAAACGACGCACCGCUAAUACAUAGAAUAACGCUCUGCGCAAGCUAAUUUAUUAGGGAAUCGUUAGCUUUGUAGCGGAUUACACGUUGAAGCGAUUAAAGUUAAGGAUGCAGUGGUUAGCCAUGAUAAUGUGCCUGUAUGCUGGAGUAGCCAGCGCACGUACGGACGAGGAAGAUCAACAGCAGACAUCGAGCGGAGUCUCCAGUUCUCUUCCAGAACAAUGUUUUUACAGACCGCCAACAGACUGUCCCGAUUCGAGUAGAUGUCCUUGCAAGAGGAUCACUCUCGCGAACGAACCCGAGGGCAAUGCUGCACUUUGCUGCAAUACAGAUGGGCAAGCUUUAGAGUAUGGUCUUUCUUGCAUAGGAUUUGCACAUUCAAAUAUAAGUUAUGUACAUAUACGCAAUGCAACUUUGGAUGUAUUUAACGUAUAUGAAAUUCGUUGGAGGAUGCUGAAAUCUCUGGCCAUAACCGAUGGCAGGAUUAAAAAGGUGCAGGGGCAAUUUCGCAUGAUGACGCCCACACAGUGCCUGAAUCUCUCGAAUAAUGCGCUGAUGGAGGUAGAAAAUAAUUCGCUGAUACGAUUAGCGCAACUCACCACUUUGGAUCUAUCUUAUAAUAACCUCACUCAUCUUCCAGUUUUGAAUAUAAUGAACGGUCGGGAAUUCUGGCUAGAUAUUUCCGGAACAAAUACACUUUCGUGCCAUGACGUAUAUCAAUAUAUCAAUAAAACAGGCGAAAAACAAAUCACUUUUAAUCGCGAAAACGAGACAGUGUGCUCUUCCUUGGCAACAUGGCAUUGGUUCAAUACCACCGAACGUGUACCUCUUACACAAUUGCUUUACCUCAGUUCUCUGCAAACAGAAUGUCCAAAAGGUGAUACCUGGCAAUGUCAAUGUGAUAUUAGUAGAAUGGAUAUUAUUGAUGGCAAACCACCUACUCACGCUGUAAAUGUAGAUUGCAGUGGAAUGCAAUUGACAGAAUUACCCGAGAAAUUGCCACAAAACACAAUACUUCUUAAUGUUUCUUAUAAUAAUAUUACUGUUCUAGAUGACUUAAGUACUAAUCCGUGUUACGAAGAUCUACGAGAGUUUUUUGCAGACUAUAAUAACAUUUCUUCGAUAAACAAGCUGGAAGGUUCAAAAUUUUUGGAUAAUUAUGCUCUACUAAGUUUACGAUAUAAUAAAAUUAAAUCACUGCCAACAUAUAUAUUAAGUCCAAGUGCGCAUAAUAAAAAUUUCAUGAUCUCGAGAAAUUUGGUCAGGCUAGGAGGCAAUAAAUUGCAUUGUGACUGUAAUACUGCAAAGUAUUUAAAGGCAUGGUUGCAAGCACGAAUAUUGGAUUCUGAUGAAGUAAUGUGUGAAAAUGUAAAGGAAAAAGUCAUUGAUCUAGAGCCGUCAAAGAUGUGCGUGUAUCCGGGAGACUGGACGGAUUAUAUAUAUUAUAUUAUUGCUAUCGAGGUAAUACUUUUAAUAGGUUUAAUAGCUAAAGUAACAUAUGACUAUUGGGUAUUUAAGACAGCAGGAUAUCUUCCAUGGCCAGCAAAUAAAAUGCCGAAAUUACCAUGUGAUUGGUUGUUCGAAACAUAAACCGCGUUAUACAAGUGCUAGUGAGAUUUGCUUACUAACAUGCAAUGAAAUGAAGAUGCUGCAAUAAAAAAAUAAAACAGGUUGUUGGGGUUGAACAUUGAUUCGUGCCUUCGGACAAAUGGACAUUCUACUGUGUUAAUUAUAGUUAUAUGCAGUGUGAUAAUAUUUCUAGAUCUUCCAAAAAACAGAAUUUCAAAAUAAUCUCCGCAUACAAGGCCAUGACAAAGUAUUUUGAUAAAAUUUAUAUUAUUAUUAUUU